GACUGGGGCUGCACGUGCAAAGGCUGUCACUGUGGCCACGGCACUGAAACCUCUCUGGUGAUUCUGUCUGAAGAGCAGUAUCCGGAAGCCCGGUGUUUGGAUGGAACCAUGGCAGGAUACUAUGUCCGGAAAGGCAUUUCUGAGCAGAUGUUGGUGUUCUUGGAGGGUGGUGGCUGGUGUUACGACCAAAGCUGCAGCCCAACUGAUGAAGGGACGCUGACUGAUUGCCAAAAGCGUUCUUACAAAAACUUGGGGUCAAGCAAAUCCUGGGAAAAGAUACUACCAGAACGCAAAUUGACUGGAAUGCUGAGUGCUGACCCGAAGGCGAAUCCGGUAUUUCACAACUGGACUCUGGUCUAUGUGCCAUAUUGCGAUGGAACCAGCUUCUCCGGCGAUGCUGUGGUCAGCUUUAAGGGCCGGGAUUUGCACUUCAAGGGCCGAAAGAUCCUCGAUGCGGUUUUCCAAUCUCUUCGUUUGGAUGUGACCAAACAGCUGGUGGUGUCUGGAGGCAGUGCAGGAGCUCUGGCCGUGCUGUUGCAUAUCGAUUCAAUCGCCCAAGAAGUGACCAGGUCCCAUGGAGAUAUCGAGAUCUUUGGCCUGGCAGAUGCUGGAUUCUUCUUAGACUUGCCCAAUAUGAAGGGUGAGCGCUGCUGGCCAAAUCAGAUGAGAAGUAUCUUCAAUAUCUCGAAUGGAUACAAGAGCUUGUCAUCUACCUGCUUGAAGAGAAAUUCCUUUCAGCCCUCGGACUGCAUUUUCCCGCAGUACUUUGGGGACCUUAUUGAAACCAGGACCUUUCUGGCACAUAGCUUCUAUGACGACUCUGAGAUGUACUACACUUUGGGUUUAGAUUGCUGGCCUGGUGGCGGUCGAGGUCAACGUGCCUGCAACAAAAAAGAGAUGAGAGCCUUCGACAACCUGAGAGUGCAACAUAUGUCUGGCUGGUCUCGGAUGUUAAACACACAGGCUCGCGCGCACGGUGUUUGGGCGCCUGCGUGUAUUGCUCACACCUUGACCUGGGGCCAAUGGACAGAUCCACUCUGGCAGGUGCCAGAAGGUGGUGCAGCUUUGGCAGAGACAGUUCAAUUGUGGCUAGGUGCCAAGGAAACGGUCCGCCUGGAAGAUCCAGCAUCGUGGCCAAACAACAGGCCAUGUGCUGGCAUGGACGACGAACCUUCCCUCACGUCGGCGCCUGGCUAUACAAACUCGCGGGGCGAUCGUCAAAGUCGUGGAGAAGUACAUCGUGACACCGGGCAUGCUGGUCAUGGUAGAGCCAAAACCAAGACCUUGGCUGUGCCGGUGACCAUCAUUGCGUUUCUGUCUACCGCAGCCCUCACAGCUUGCGUGGCGCUGGUUGUGAUAAAGCGGCGAAACUCCCGCGGCACUGAGGUGUCAGAAGUCUUGAGGCCAGCAGAAACCGAGUUAACGGAAACCGAGCUACCUGAAACAG